AUGGCUGCAGACCUAAAGGACUUUCAGUUAUGGAGGAAUGGCCCGUCAUGGAUACGUGACGCGGAUCAGUUUCUGGUAAGGUUAAACAACUCACAAGUCUGUUUGAAUAUUUCAGAAAAGAACAUAGAAAAGGAAGUCAAAAGCAAUUGUCUGACUGCAUUAGUAGAGGCAGCUCCUGAUCAUCCACUUGAUCAUCUUGUUCAACGAGUAUCUUCAUGGUUGACGCUCGUUCACACGGUUGGCUAUGUCCUUCGCUUUCUACGGUGCACGAAGGGUCCAUUUGGGGACAAGGGCUCAAACUGUCUUACGUUUGAGGAAAUCACCGCGGACGGCAUUGUAUGCUUGCGCCACGCGCAAACCUGCUUUCAGGAUGACUAUCAAUUGCUACUCGCAAAUAAACCAUUGCGAAGUCGAUCUCAGCUGGCUAAACUCUCGCCAAUGAUCGACAAGGACGGACUACUCAGAGUUGGAGGACGCUUGCACCACUCGCAAUUGUCCACAGAGGCGAAACAUCCAGUUUUGCUACCGAAAUCUCAUCGCAUCACCAAGCUGAUACUUGAAUACGAACACAGGGUCAACCUGCACCCUGGCGUCUCAUCACUCUUUGUUAUGCGGCAUCAUACAUCACAACAAAGGAUGGCUGAUCUACCCAGCAUUCGUGUCACUCAGGCACUUCCAUUUGUAAACACUGGAUGUGACUAUGCUGGUCCAAUCCUUCUUAAGGAUGGAAAGGGGCGCAAACCGCGCAUUGGUAAGGGCUACAUAUGCCUAUUUGUUUGUCUGGUCACAUCGGCAAUCCAUCUGGAACUUGUAACGGACUUGAGCACCGACUCAUUCUUGGCCGCGCUAAGACGUUUCGUCUCUUUGCGUGGCAAGUGCAACAAAAUCUAUAGCGACAACGGAACGAAUUUCAUUGGAGCUAAACGCUCUCUUGAUGAAAUGCAGAAGCUGCUGGCAUCUCAACCACACAUCGAAAAGGUUAGGAAUGCUCUGGCUAAUGAUGGCAUUCAAUGGGUAUUCAUUCCACCACAUGCUCCUCAUUGGGGAGGAAAAUGGGAAUCUGCAGUCAGAUGCGUAAAGCUGCAUAUUCGCCGAGUGAUUGGGAAAUCUACUCUCACCUACGAGCAGAUGCGAACUCUACUUGCACAAGUCAGUGCGGUGGUCAACUCACGACCCUUGUGCUACAACUCGGACACAGAUAUCAAUUAUUUGUCGCCAGCACAUUUCUUGAUCGGCAGGCCUCUCACAACUAUACCAGAGGCAGACUUAGGCCACAUCCCCGUGGGCCGACUUGGGUACUGGCAAAGUAUCCAAUCUAUGAUGCAAGGUUUCUGGAAGCAAUGGCAUCAGGAGUAUCUUACCACAUUGCAACAGCGUCCAAAGUGGACCACUACAACACCAAAUAUAGCAGUGGGAGAUGUGGUGCUUGUAAAGGAAUCGAACACCCCACCAGCUCACUGGCAUCUGGCGCUGGUUCUCGAAGCGGUUAGACUCAAGACCUCUUCGGGAGAAUUAACUCGGCCAAUCACCAAGGUUGCGGUAUUGCCCCGUUCAGAAACUGUGUUUCAGGGCGGGCCGGGAUGUUCAGGAACGGAUUGCGUUUAUCGAUAA